GCGAUCGUUCUCCUCCAACAUUCCCGGCCGCCGCCGUCGCUUGUCGCUUCCAUACCCCGUCGAGAAUCCGCCGCCACCUACGCGGCCGCGGCCAUGAGCUCCACCGCCGCCGUGCCCCUUAAUCGCCGCAUUCGCAGCCGGCCGCCGUCGGUCGGGUCCUCUCGCAGGUCCGAUGAUCCCACGGCCGGCGCCGCCGCCACCACCGCCACCGCCAACGGCAACGGCAAAGUCUCCACCAGGCCACCCACCCCCGACCACGCCCCAGGGGAGAGGACGGUCAAGAAGCUGCGGCUGUCCAAGGCGCUGACGAUCCCGGAGGGGACCACGGUCUCCGAGGCGUGCCGAAGGAUGGCGGCGAGGCGGGUCGACGCCGUGCUGCUCACCGACGCCGGUGGCCUGCUCUCCGGCAUCGUCACCGACAAGGACAUAGCUACAAGGGUCAUUGCCGAGGGGCUGCGGGUUGAGCAAACAAUAAUCUCCAAGAUUAUGACAAGGAACCCUUUAUAUGUCACGGGGGACACACCUGCUAUUGAGGCACUGCAGAAAAUGGUCCAAGGAAAAUUUAGACACCUUCCAGUUGUGGAAAAUGGUGAGGUUAUUGCGAUGCUGGACAUUGCAAAAUGCCUCUACGAUGCAAUAUCAAGAUUAGAAAAGGCAGCAGAGCAAGGAAGUGCACUAGCAGCUGCUGUAGAAGGGGUUGAGCGCCAGUUAGGUGGCAACGUCUCAGGUCCACAAAAUGUCAUAGAGACUCUGAGAGAACGGAUGUUUAAACCUUCUUUGUCGACCAUUAUCACAGAGAACACAAAAGUAGCAACUGUUUCCCUUUCGGAUCCUGUUUGCGUAGCAACACGGAAAAUGCGUGAGUUACGAGUUAAUUCAGUCAUUGUUACUGCUGGAAAUGCGCUUCAUGGGAUCUUUACCUCAAAGGAUGUGCUGAUGCGUGUUGUGGCCCAAAAUCUUUCUCCUCAGUUAACUCUAGUAGAAAAGGUAAUGACUGCACACCCCGACUGUGCUACAUUGGACACAACAAUCCUUGAUGCACUACAUAUCAUGCAUGAUGGCAAAUUCUUGCAUAUUCCUGUUCUUGAUGGAGAUGGGCAGGUUGCUGCUUGUUUGGACGUUCUGCAAAUUACCCAUGCUGCCAUUUCAAUGGUUGAAGGAGGUCCUGGUGCUGCAAAUGAUGUGGCAAACACGAUAAUGCAGAAAUUCUGGGACUCUGCACUUGCUCUAGAACCUCCAGAUGAGGAUUUUGAUAGUCACAGCGAAUUAUCUUUAGUGAUGCCAUCAGAUGCCAGGGAUGGCAGGAGUAGUAUUUAUCCUCCUGCUGUUGAUAAUUCAUUUGUCUUUAAGCUUCAGGACAAGAAGGGACGUAUGCAUAGAUUUACUUGUGGCUCUGAGAGUUUAGAUGAGCUGAUGUCUUCUGUAAUCCAAAGGUUAGGCAUGGGUGAUGAGAAGAGUGUGAUUCAACUGUUGUAUGAAGAUGAUGAAGGCGACAAGGUGCUGUUGACAACCAAUUCUGAUCUUACUGGUGCUGUGUUGUAUGCGAAAUCAUCUGGAUUGAAGGCCUUGAGGUUGCAUAUGGACGACUCAGAUUCCAGCAAUGAAGUAACACAGCCAUUGCCAGAGCUGGCAUCACCAUCCCAUGGAAGUCAGUCGAUGCAUGUUCAUUAUGGAUUGAUGGCUUGUGCGAUUGCUCUGACAGGGGUAGCUGUGAUAGUUUACUUGAGACACUCAAAAGCUUGAACUUCUGGAGAACAAAGACUUUUGCAAAGCUAUAUAUAUACCACUAAUACGCAUAGAAGGAUCACACAUUUUGGCUCAUGAGAAGGGUAAUAGUGAAGUAAUCAUGGGCUGAUAACGAUAUACACUCGAUUACAUUGUUGGUCCAAGAGAAAUAUGCUGACUAUGACUGUCAUGUUCUCCAGUUAACUGAAGUCAGUUCUUAUGGUGGGAGGGAAGCCUAUCAUAUGGUAUUUCCCGUUCAUUUUUUACAAGUACCCACAGUUUCAUGAUGCGGUGAAAUAUGUAACCCUUAUGGUUGGUAACCAUGAAUUCAGUGAUGUCUCAAGUAAUCCUGUAACCAUGUAUAUGCGUCUCUGAGCAAGAAAACCAAGAAUGAAUCUCGCCUAUGUGGUGAUCAGAUCCCAAAUUGAGAUUCUUUGGUCUUCAACUUUUCACAAGAAUACGCAGUUUUUUCACUAUUUUGGUGAAACAUGAGGUUGUUCCUACUAUUUAUAGAUAAUCACAUAUUCAGCGGCCGUGCAGCAAGUAAAAUAUCAUCUGGAAUGCUGUAUUACCAUGUGUGCAUCUGUGACUAUGAAACCUAGAGUGAAACUCCCCUAUGUUGCCCUGCUGUUUUA